AUGCUAUUCGAUGGCAACCGCGCGUGGUUCUCACCCAACGUCCCGCCCUCGCACAUCCACACCUGGCACGUCAACAAAAGCAGUGUCAUCCAAUACUACUUUACGGACAACACUACUUCGGGAAUCGAAGACCGCACGACACUGGAGCUGCUGCGCAGUCAAGACACCGUCGUCUACGACUCCUCCUGGAUCAUCGACUCCUCGGUGUCGCGUACCAAGCAGCCACUGGGCUCCUACGCGCUGUCCACCAAGAAUACGCUUGCACAUCCGCAGCGGCCGAACACCGCCCUUGGGAGGCGCACGCCGAAGAAGGUCGAGUCCGUCUACGGCAAGCGAAGGAGCCUGGGCGGCGAAUUUACCUCGCCCGAGUAUUGGAAAUACGCCGACCACCAGCACCGAAGCCAAGGCCGCCACAGCAGGCAGCAAGCCGCGGCCAGCGUGAGGUCGGGCGACAGCUCACGGAGCCUACUGCCUGCGUCCGGCUCGCACCACCGGUGCAUCAGCCGCCUGGUCAUCCACGCCGACCGCCGCACGCGCAUGGGUGUCCUGGCGAAUGUCUCCGACUUCACGCCAAACGCCAACGGCUUUGUCGCGUACAAGAUCCCCAAACUACACUGA